AUGAGUGCUCAUCCUCAUCAUCUCCACCUUCAUCAUACGGGAAAAAGACUACGACACUUCUUUCGUCCUGAUGGUCGGAAAGUUCAUAUCGCCGGGUCUCCCGAUGAGGCGGAGAAGUUGCGGAAGACCCUGUCGGCGGUGGAGAAGGAGGGAGAGUUCGACCUAGUUAUUCACGGUUCCCCAGAGCAUAUUGAAGCUUUGCGACACACACAUGCCCAUCAUGAGAGUAGGCAUCGGCAACUCAAGGAAGAGCAUGGAGAUCUUGCAAAUGAGUUUGAGCGCGUCAUUCGUGAAUUAGAUGCGUUGUCCAACGAGCUCCAUAUGAUAUCUGAACACGCCGUUCAGCUGGAUGCCAACUUUUCGAAAUACGGAUACUCUGCGCAUUUGAGGACUAAAGAUAGCCCUAACGAAUCAAGAGCAGCUUCCCUUCACGGCGACUCUAGCUUCGACAAAAAUCAAUGGGCUGCCGAACGCAAACUUGGCGAGACUAUGCGUUUAUACCAGAAGCCGAUCGUCAGACAGUACUUUCAUAAAGGGCUUCUCUGGCGUGCUCGUGAAGCUCAGGAAGUAGCAAGUUAUGAACUGUUUGUUGAUCUUUUCUACGUUGGGAUCAUUGCUAUCACAGGCGAUACUGCAGCCGAACAUCCCACCGGAGAGUCUCUUCUACGAUUCGUCAUAACCUUCGUCAUGGGUUGGAAGUUCUGGUCCGAUAUUUCAGCCUUAAUUGGCUGGUUCGACUCUGACGACAUUCUCCGCCGCUUUUCUAUCUUGUUCAUCCUUACUUGUCUACUCGGAUUUACAACAAAUAUGGCAGCAGCGUUCACAGAGACCUAUGCACCUUUAGUAGCUUUCUAUCUUGCCGCCCGGCUGUUUAUUGCUGUAUCCAUCUUCUGGUACGCCUGGCAGAUUCCAAUGGUCCGAGCCUCGAUGAUCGCUAACGGUAUCAUCAAUGCCGUUCCGGCCGCUUUAUGGAUCGGCAGCAUUCAUGUUGAGGAGCCUGGCCGUCAAGCCUUGAUCUGGCCAGCUAUAUUCUUAGACAUAUUUGGUCCACCAGCCAUGAUUACGUUUCAACGAGGCGCUGGCUGGAUGUCCGAGAAGUUUCAUGCCUGGGCGAAGAAGAAGUUCGAAUUCUUCCCAGGGACGAAUAUUGAGCAUAGGAUUGAACGGAUGAAUGCCUUCGUCACUUUGGUAUUUGGUUCUUGCGUCCUCGGGUUGCUCUAUCAGAGCAAAGUCCCGUUCGGGAUCAACGCCUUUUUUGGAAAAGCGGCUCUCGGCCUCAUUCAAGCCUUCACAUUCAACUGGCUGUAUUUCGAGAUCGACAGUUUUAAUUUGCAUACCCAUGCUAUCCGUCGACAUGUUGCAUCAGCAAUGAUAUGGCUUUCCAUCCAUCUCCCAUUUAUCAUGUCUUUCGUUCUAAGCGCAUCCGCCCUCGCUGUCCUUGUCCGCGCCCACGACUGCGAAGACGCCCCCGUCGAUUCACUCUACGAAACUUUUAUCCCCCGUUCCGAAGAGCACAUAGAGGACAGCCUCCGUUGGUUUUAUUGCGGCGGUCUCGGCAUAUCUCUAGCAUGCAUGAGUGUAAUCUCUUACACACAUGUCUACCGGAGCAUCCCUAAUCGACGACUAGGAAAGAAUAAAUGCAUCUUGAUUCGCUUCUUAGUAUCAAUUGCGAUCAUACUUCUUCCCCUUGCAAAAGAACAUCUCAAUUCACUAGAGCUGAUUGCCACAACUACGUGCCUAGUACUUUUCGUGCUGUUUCUGGAGCUUAUUGGAUCGACGUUGACGGGUCAGAACAUCUUGUGGGAUGCCCACUGCGGUCGGAAUAAGUGUAAGUACGAUGCAAAGUGUCAGGUCAGCAAGAAGGACUUAGAGGCGAGUAUCAGAAACGGUACGGUUCUAAACGUAGAGGAGAUUGCGAAAAGGGACAAGGGGGAGAAUGGUGCUAUUGGACAUAUAUAGCGGGCUUUACUGGAUAUCAACACUUAAGUAGAGUAGGACAAGAAUAUCAUUCUUGUCGGGGAUAGCCAUUCUGUUUACACUCUUGGCGAUUCAAGC